UUUCUCUGUGACUGCAUGAUUCGUGAUGGGACCACGGGCGUCCACUUCGUCUACACUAGAGAGGGCAGGCAGAGCGGUGAGGCUUUUGUUGAACUUGGAUCAGAAAACGAUGUGCAAAUGGCCCUGAAGAAAGACAGGGAAAGCAUGGGACACCGGUACAUCGAGGUAUUCAAGUCCCGCAGAACCGAGAUGGAUUGGGUGUUGAAGCACAGCGGUCCCAACAGUGCCGACAGCGCCAACGAUGGCUUCGUGCGUCUUCGAGGACUUCCAUUUGGAUGCACAGAGGAAGAAAUUGUCCAGUUCUUCUCAGGUUUGGAAAUCGUGCCCAACGGAAUCACAUUGCCUGUGGACCCUGACGGCAAGAUUACAGGGGAAGCUUUUGUGCAGUUUGCUUCACAGGAGUUAGCCGAGAAGGCUCUGGGGAAGCACAAGGAGAGGAUAGGGCACAGGUAUAUCGAAGUGUUCAAGAGCAGUCAGGAGGAAGUUAGGUCAUACUCAGAUUUCCCUCUGAAGUUCAUGUCGGUGCAACGGCCGGGGCCCUAUUACCGCCACGGGACGGCCAGGAGGUACGUGGGCAUCGUGAAGCAAGCGGGCCUGGACAGGGUGCGGCCCGGGGCCUACAGUGCAGCCUACGGCGGCAACGAGGAGUACGGUGGCCUCAGCGAUGGCUACGGCUUCGCCACUACCGACGUGUUCGGGAGAGACCUCAGCUACUGUCUCUCGGGCAUGUACGACCACAGAUACAGAGACGGCGGCUUCACAGCGCAGAGCACCACCGGCCACUGCGUCCACAUGAGGGGGCUGCCGUACAAAGCCACCGAGAAUGACAUUCACAACUUCUUCUCUCCACUCAAGCCUGUGAGAGUGCAAAUCGAGAUUGGCCCAGAUGGAAGAGUGACCGGCGAAGCAGAUGUGGAGUUUGCCACUCACGAAGAGGCUGUGGUAUCUAUGUCGAAAGACAGAGCCAACAUGCAGCACAGAUACAUAGAACUCUUCUUGAAUUCGACAGCAGGGGCGAGUGACGGGGUGUACAGCGGCCAGGUGAUGCAAGGCAUCGGGGUGUCGGUGGCCCAGGCCACUCACCGCGGUCUGGAGAGCCAGUCAGUGAGCAGCUGCUAUGGGGCUGGCUACAGCAGUCAGAACAGCAUGGGAGGAUACAACUAGUUUUGUAGGAGCAUCUGAGUUAUUUCAACCAAAUUUUCACAAGCAAAGAAGAGCAGAUAUAAGGAACCUGUGGAACCCAUUUUGCGCCAUGAGUUUGUGAAAUCUGGAUUAAAAAAUUACCUCGUCAGUGUUUUCUCAUACAAA